GGAGGAGCCGCGGCUCGGAGGCGCACCAGGGAGCCGGGGCUCCCGGCACAGGCUGUUUGUGCCACGAUAGCGGCCGUCAGUGGGGGCGCCUCCAGGGCGGAGCCAGUGGCCAGGUUUUGCCUAGAGGGAUUCUCUGUGUUUUGAAUCUGAUUACCCCGUAAGGUAUUUACCAUCCUGAUUUUACAGAGAGAGGGGAAGCAUCUCUGAAGAGGUUUCACUGUUGGAAUGCCUCAGAUUAAUACAGCUACAGUUCUGCAGAUUUGUAUGCUGCUAUCUGCACUUCCUGCACAGUAUUUCAUAUCCCAGUGGUAUGGAACAGACUCUGCUCAGCGCCUCCAAGUGACACAAAGGAUAAUUGGCUAUUGGAACAGUUUUAUAAAGUCCUACUUGAGUCUGGAUGCAUGGACAGAUCAUCUAAAGCUGUGGAUACCAAAGACAAGGAAUUGGUACUAUGGAGAAAAGAGAACUCAAGGUGUUGAAGAUGAAGAAGAAAUCCAUGCUUAUUUUGCAGAAUCAACUCACAUUCACAGUCCAAAGCCAGAAUCUGUUCAGUUUAAUGUGGGACAGGUGAUAGUACACAGAAGACUUGGCUAUUUAGGAGUCAUUGUUGGCUGGGACAUAAAAGCUAGAGCUCCAGAAGAAUGGCUGCAGCACAAAUAUCCUCCAGAGAAACAGGGUCUAAGAGAUACUCCUCACUACCGAAUUCUUAUUAACCAAGCCAACAGCUUUGGCAAGACUACAGUUUACAUUCCUGAGGAGGAGAUAACAAUUAUUACAGGAUUAGAGAUACACAAUCCUGAUCUGACAGCUUACUUCAGUAGAUACGAUGGAUCUAAAUACAUUAUGCAAGCCUGGUUGAGAAAAAUCUACCCUCAUGACUGAAGUAUUUAACAUUAUAUGUAAAUUGUGCAUGUGAU